GGUAGCCUGGGCACCUGAGCCGGAGGAAAGCCGGGACAGCUCCGCCCGGCAGAGGCUUCGGACCCGCGCUCGGAGCGCCAUGGCUGCGAAGCUGCUGCUUCUCCUCUGCCUGUUCUCGGGCUUACACGCUCGGUCCAGGAGGGUGGAAGAGGAUGAAAGUGAAGACUCUCCGUCAAACCAGAAGUGGGUCUUGGCGCCCAGAUCACAGGACACUGACGUGACGCUGAUUCUCAACAAAUUGCUGAGAGAAUAUGACAAAAAGCUGCGGCCGGACAUUGGAAUAAAGCCAACUGUGAUCGAUGUGGACAUUUAUGUGAACAGCAUAGGUCCUGUGUCAUCCAUAAACAUGGAAUACCAAAUUGAUAUCUUUUUUGCUCAGACCUGGACAGACAGCCGCCUUCGAUUCAACAGCACCAUGAAAAUCCUCACUCUGAACAGCAACAUGGUUGGCCUGAUAUGGAUCCCAGACACCAUCUUCCGAAACUCCAAGACCGCGGAGGCUCAUUGGAUCACCACACCCAAUCAGCUUCUCAGAAUCUGGAAUGAUGGGAAAAUCCUGUACACGUUACGGCUCACCAUCAAUGCAGAGUGCCAGCUGCAGCUGCACAACUUCCCCAUGGAUGCGCACGCCUGCCCCCUGACCUUCUCGAGCUAUGGCUACCCCAAAGAAGAAAUGGUGUACCGCUGGAGGAAGAACUCAGUGGAGGCAGCAGACCAGAAGUCAUGGCGGCUCUAUCAGUUCGACUUCAUGGGCCUCAGAAACACGACGGAAAUCGUGACAACGUCUGCAGGUGAUUAUGUUGUCAUGACAAUCUACUUCGAACUGAGUCGCAGAAUGGGCUACUUCACCAUCCAGACGUACAUCCCCUGCAUCCUGACUGUGGUUCUGUCCUGGGUGUCAUUUUGGAUCAAAAAAGAUGCGACACCAGCAAGGACCACAUUAGGCAUCACCACAGUGCUCACUAUGACCACGCUCAGCACCAUUGCCAGGAAGUCCCUUCCUCGGGUCUCCUACGUCACCGCCAUGGACCUCUUUGUCACCGUGUGCUUCUUGUUUGUCUUUGCCGCCCUGAUGGAGUACGCCACCCUCAACUACUACUCCAGCUGUCGAAAGCCAGCCGUCAGGAAGAAGAAGGCAUCGUUAUUAAAUCCAGAUUCCACAAGAUGGAUUCCUGACCGAUUAAGCCUACAAGCACCCUCUAACUAUUCCCUCCUGGACAUGAGGCCUCCGCCACCAGUGAUGGUCACGCUAAACAAUUCCCUGUACUGGCAGGAGUUCGAGGACACCUGUGUCUACGAGUGUCUAGACGGCAAGGACUGCCAGAGCUUCUUCUGCUGCUACGAGGAAUGCCGGUCCGGCUCGUGGAGGAGAGGGCGUAUCCACAUCGACGUCUCAGAACUGGACUCCUACUCCCGGGUCUUCUUCCCCACCUCCUUCCUGCUCUUCAACCUGGUCUAUUGGGUGGGCUACCUGUAUCUUUAAGUGCUGCUCUGAAGAUGACUGGAGAGUACUUGAUUUACGUGUUUCCCUUCCCCCAUCCCCAGACACGUAGUGACCAACCAAAACGUAGCAGGGAAGACACUACUCAAGUUUGUUCUGUUACCCUUUAGCAGCAUGGGAGGUACUCAGAAAGUAUUCUUUAUAAAUAUUUCACUCACAGACACUCACAUGUGCACACACACACACACACACACACACACAGAGCAAUUGCAUUUUAAAGUGAUAUUCUUGCUACUCCCCUCUUUGACCUGUAGUCUGAUAUUUAUGAAUGGCCUUGGAUAUUAGAAGCUGCCAGUUACCAUGCAAAGACCCCUGUAAGACAUGCAAGCGAAUAUCCAGAGGUUCCCUCAGGCUCUCACCUUUGUGUAUCUGCCCAUUGUGUUCCUUGGCACCAGAGCCUGUGUGUACAGCAUCUCCCUCACUGGAGACACAACCGUGCCGACCUCACUCCGAGAUCCAGCUUGUACCGCAGUCAGCUCUGGUCUCUUCAGUGAUGUCUGUCUGCUCAGGCGCUGCUGUGCCCAGCUAGCAACCCUCCUCCUAGUGCCCUUCCUUUCUGCCUGGGAGGUGCUCAUAUGUAUCAGCCACAAGUUUCCAUCUGUGGGGAAAAAAAUGUGUCUUUUAAAACUUGUUGCUGAGAUCACAACUGCUGUUUGUCUCUGAAUCUCACAACGUAGUAACUUUAUGAUAUCAGCUGUGUUUGUAUACUGGGCUCCUGGACCAGUCGCAUUUCAUGUCAGCGUUUUUGUAAGAGCCUUGUUCGACAGGACCAAGUCUAAGUCUCAAUGAGGAGUGGAGCUUAUAUUAUUGUUCGGGGUUCAGUAACUGUCUUCAUCCUGCAAACAAAGGCAAGCAACAUGGACAGGCCUUGGUUUUGAAACUGUAUUCCAGAGUGUGAAAUAACGUAGACGAGAAUUUAAUCGUGAGCAUUAACUAUUCAAGCCAAACCAACUUUAGAUGCAAAAAAAAAAAAAUGGGUAAUGGUUAUCUUGAAUUACACAUUUUGAUGAGCAAAAAUCGUUUUAUACUUUGAAAUAUGGAUACAUAGCAAAAUCCCAAAGAAUGUCCUCCCCCCAGAUCAAUUCUCUUUUGAUAUUUUUGUAACACAAAACAUUUUUCUUCUUGGUAUUAGUUCUUUGCUAUGACCGGACGCUCUUGUGUACUUCAGGUCUGUGACCCUUUUGAAGUGUCCCUUGGCACUCCUGAGCGAUAUCUCAGCGUGAUGACAGCGUUCACUGUAGAAUCCCCGUGUGCUUGGCUUCCACAAAACUGAACUAGUUUUAUUGAGAGUCACUCAGUUCCAGUUUCUAUUAUACGUACUGUCUGAUGACUUAGAAAAAGGAAAAUAUUAUACAAAUAGAAUAUAUAAAAGUACUGAUCUCCCACGGUUUUGAGUUGGAUUUUGGAAAAGAUGUUGGCCGUGGAAGAGAUAGGGAAACUGAAACUAGGUAUUUUUGCUAAUUCUUUCUAAAACUGUUGUGCAUCAUAGUUACUACAGAAAGCUCCAGACAGUUGACCUCUAGCAAGAAAAUUCAGCUGAAAACUUAAUAAACACCUGUGGUGAAGAAGCUAAUGAUGAGGGCUUAAAUGGAAUUUCUCCUCCAUUGGGGGGGGGAGUUUUGCAUACAGUGAGCUGUGUCUCUGAAACACCUACCUUUGGCAGGCCGGCUCUGGAGGUGCCCACAGUACUGAAGGCCAAGGCAAAGCAACACAUGCAAUCGCAAACACUGAGUUUAGAAUUUCUAGUAAGAAUUUUAACCUGUUACAUUUCAAAUGUUCUGGAGAAAACUAAACCUUCUAGUAAUUUUUUUUUUCUCAAGGAUUAAAACCUACAAGGAUCUACUGUGGCAGAACUGACUCCCUGCUAUCUUAGGACAACUCUGAAGUUGCCUCUUCUCUCAAAACCUGUGAACAUUUAGACUUUUCCAUGUAAGACUUACAUACCCGUAGCCCAUCAUCGUCUCCUGCCCAGUCUUGGCGAUGCUGUUCGAAACACUGAAAAAGCCAGCCUAUGACCAGGAGCAUGCUAACGCCUGUUUCUCAGUAACAUUCAAUCAUCCAUGUCGGCUCCAAUUUCCAGGAUAAACCAUUCUAUUGCAUGGAACAGGGGAGAUGCUUGCCCCUCGAGGCAAAGCAGGGGCAGGGUACACCCGGAGGAGGGUAAGCCAUGUUCCCCUCCUCAGACACUAGCUCUCCUACUUGAUGAAGAGGGACCUGUGUGUGUACAGCUCCCAAGCUCGUCUGCUCUGUCUAGUCUGCCCCACCCCUCCAUUUCUUUUGCCUGUCCAGCUGUGGACCACUUGGCAAGUGGUCUGAACGACCUGCCUUUCAAAGGUGCUACUGCAUCCCUUACUCUUAGGAGCACUUCAAAUGAGUAGGCUCUGUCUGAGCACAGAUUCCAGCUUUCCGACCACUGUGGAUCACACUGAAAACUGUGACCGCCCGUCCUUUAAAGUACGUCCUGGUUGAUGGAGAAAAACUAACAAAGUAUUUUCCAUAUUAGGGGAAUGAAAGCAAAAUGUCUUCUCAAAGCCUGGAUAGGUUCACCAUGGGUGUCCCAGAUGCAGGGUAGAGGACAGUGUUAAUAAAUUUACUCUAGACCCAGCCAACACUACCCCCAAUUUACCCAACAUAUGCCUUAAAAUAAAAUGUAUAGCCCCCACCGUUUCCAUUUUUCAGAAGUUUUUAUUUCCUGCAGUAACCCAUAAUCCAUACUAAAAUUUACUGGUUUUUUUAAUGCAUGAAUGAAAAUAGGAUGUCAUUUUUCAUAUGACAACCAGGCAUGUUCAUGUUCACAUGAACUGAGUUAAUUGCAGACUUUUACGGGUUCUUCAUACAUGAAAACGCUUGUCCUUAACCACAAACUAUUCUCGAGUUCUAUGUAGGAACCUGAGGGUAAACGUCCACAGAACAGCCCUGUUCCAUACUGUUUGACCUGGUAAUAACCUGCUGCCAAGAAACACGUUUAGAUGUGUGUUGCAGCUCUACACAAUGCCACAUCUGGAAAGAAUGGAAGCAAGGGACCAGUCAUCCCAGAUCACAUCACAGCUAGGAAGCAGUGGUCCACUCUAUCCAAAGGGCUAGAAAACAAGACAAACAACACCUCUGCCUCCUUGGUCACGUCUAUCUCAGAUACCAAACUGAAAACUUUGACACUUGAAGAAUUGCAACUGGUCCCCAGAUACUAGAGCUCCAUUCUGUCACUUCAAUGCCCGCAAGGCACCGAGCAUCUUGAAUCCGCUUGUGGUUUGGCAACUGUUUUUGAGUAUUUUUUUUUCUCUCUUAGAAUUCAAAAACAUACAAGUUUCCAUAUUAAAAUAGCAAAGAGACUAGAGCUAAACAUAGUCUAUCACUAAGCAAGGACUGAAAUGUUGAAUUCCAUUUCUACUGCUAGAUUGUUUUGGAGCGUGAGAACACACUUGUAUGGAAAGGUGUUUGGGAAUAGGAAGGGAAGAACCGGAACGCUAACACACAGCAAGGAUCUUGUUCACAGUUUUCCCUGAGUCCCCUUCAAAUGGCCACCACAAGUGGCCCAUAGUAAACACGGGUCUCAGGGUGGGCAGUACCAGAAUAAGUAUGGCCUAAGAACCGAAUGUCCAUGAAGCAGGCAAGAUGGACACUCCCAUCUCUGAUCCCUCACUGUCUUACCUUCCAUCGUAGACAUGGAGUCUAACAGGACACAGAGAAGGAAAGAAAGACCCGUGACUUGCUAUGUUAUGGUAACACAGUCACUAGUCCCAGAAUAAGAACUUGCUUUGUCUUUUAAAUAUUUUAUGGCUUUGAAGCAUCAAAGUUAGAAUGUUUCUGCUUCCCCCUUUUAAGCUGUCUUCAGCUUGUAAGGUAAUAACCCAUGAUAAAAGCUUGAUCUAAUUCUGUUAAGGUUAAAAGAGAAGAUGGUUCUGUUUAUUUGCUUUCAGCGUGUCUUUUAGUAGAAUGAUUCUUUGGUUCUAAUCUCCCCAGUAAGACUUUUAAACCUUUUAAACCUCUUUGUUAACCUUUCCGGCAAUAAAAUCCCAGCCUUAAACCACCUUACACAAAUCAGUGCAAAAGUCUGAAUUGAACUCUUAUUGGCUAUUAAAAAGUUUCCAUGCUUUGAGCUAACCAGGUGUUUCUAGAUAAUGUUAUAGUAAAUAAUUAUACACACACACACACACACAGACACACAUCACACCACACCACACCACACCACACCACACCCAGAAUAAGGAAAGUUUGGAUGUUGUUUUGGCUAGAAGCUAAAACAAAAGGGAGCUGCAAAAGGUCAAGGUUUGUAACUGAGGCAAUUGUAAAUGCUUUGCUUGGUCUAUUCAGUUAAGACCAAAGUUAAGACUACUUUAUCCCUUCACUCUUGGCAGCUGUAAACAGCGCAGGGCUCUCCUGGCCCAGGGAACAAGCUGCAAGGGUGAGUCAGCAAGAGUUACUGUGGGGAAGAAAGGCCUCUGUCUGCUCUGUAGUUGAAGCUGAGCAGAUAGAUUGGGGUUGGAGUUGGGGGUGGGGAUUGACUUUCAACAACUAAACCUCUCAAACUGAGUUAGUCCCUGCUUCGUUUUGUUCUUUUCUAAAUAUUUAAAAUGCUUCUUCCUAUCUUUGCCAAUAAGUGCAGUCUGCCUUCUGCAUCCGUGUAUUCUGAAUCUGUGAUUUCAACCACUGUCAAGAAUGUCCAUCCCUAGCACGGGCAGGCAUUUCUCUUGGUCGUUAUUACUGGCGUAGAAUUGUCUUCGGCAAUGUAAGCCACCUCAUGGUGAUGGAACGGGUGGGGAAGAAUUGCACAGUGUCUGUGCAUACAAUGUACCAGUGCAUUAAAGGGACUUGUAUCACUGAGGGUUCUCUUAUCCUGAGGGUUCCCGGGACAAGCCCCCUACACAUUUGGGGGAAUGACUGUAAUGUUUAUAUUUCCUAUAACAGGCUUAGAUCUAGAUAUCUCCUGGUUGCCCUGCCCACUGAAGUACCUUCUCAGUAAAUGUAACAAAGCCAAUGCUCAUUUUCGUAAAUAUGCAUUUCUUAGAUCAGGUGCUUACAGCAUGGCUAGGUCAGUUCCCCGAAUACCAUACAUCUCAAAAUUAUGAUAUUGUUAUUAGCUUCCAUUCACAAAAGAAAGUUCUCAUUUACCACGGAUCACUUUUUAAUACACAAGACUUUAUAUAGUGAAUCCCAAAAUCACUUUAGGGAAAAAGACUUUGACCCUAAGCUACAGCUUUAUGAGCAUUGUGAGACUUGAUGUGGAAGCCAGAAAAGGUCAUGCAUGGCUGGAACAGAGGUGACAGGGGUCCACCUUCUGGUUUUCUCCCCAAACAGGCUGAGUUCUCAAUGUCUACGUCUGCCACCUGGCAGAGUCAGGCGAGUCCUCCUGGCAGGGAUGAGCCUGAACCUACUACACAAUCUCUCAGGACAGUUGACUGGAUAGGCACUCAUAAGCAUCCUUGUCAACUGUCACGGGAGCCCAGAUCAGCCUACAUCACUGUCUUAGACAUCGAGCUGGUAUCUUGGCUCACGGGAAUCUGCUGGGAAGAUUCUCCAGACUCAUCCUUUAAAAGUCUUCCCACUGUGGGAUUGGGGAUCGGGGAUUGUCAGGGGCAAAGAAUGAGGGCUUUGAAAUAAUUAAUAAUUACUACAACAGAUUUUUAUCAAGAAUUGUUCAGAUUUUUAAGAGGAAAGAUUUUUGUCAUUUUAUGUUUGUGUGAAGUCCCCCAAGACACAGAACCCCACAUUGGGAAGACCCGCCUGCCCAACCCUCUGUCUAGUCUUGACAGUCACAGAUGACAUCCAGUGAGCUCGCCACAUCAUUGUAUCCUUCCGCUUUCAGGGCGGUCUGGAAAAUUAAAACUAAAGAUGAAGAAGAAAGAUAAGAAACAAACAAUAACUUCUUAAGAAACCGACCCCAUGAUUAAAAACAGAAAAUGCACGUAACUUUGAAGAGUGAACUUUCAUCUUGUCCGUCAAAGACGCAGGAAAGGUGUGGCAUGACUUCCACCAUGGUUCUUGUCCACAUCCUAACCUGUAGCUACCAAUGCAAUGCAAAGACUUGGUGUCUUUUCUAAGCUGUAACAGAAUUAGCCCAUAUAUCAAGAAAAAUGACGACAAGCGUUUCAAAACUUUAAUUUUCAUGUCCGAUCAGAGUCCAGAUUUCUGCUCUUUCCUCAGAAGUCCCUCCACCCCGCUUCGAGCAUCUUCCGGCGCGGGAGGUGUGCCUGCCACCCGGCCUUUCUUCCCUUGUCACUUUUCUUCCUGUCAUUUUUGGUUGUUUCCUUCUAGAUAGCAUUUUAAUCGGCUAGGAACGCUUUCUUUUUACUCAUGCAGCGGCAUCUUUGGAAGCUGCCAGUUUUGUUGCCCAGAGAAACCACUCCUCUGUCUCUAGCAUUGUCACUUGGGUCUUAGAGUUACUGCCCAGCAAUCCCUGCUGUCAUUUUCUUUAGCUAUGGUCACUUUAAAUACAUAGUAGCGAUGUGUUUACUAUUGUUUCCUUCUUUUUGUCUCCAGCUUAGAGCAAUGAUGGGAACGCCCCCAAAGACACAGUGGCCAAUUGUACUAGUAAGCCACGUUUAUGUACUGACAUGUUUGUGUAUAGAUACCUGUUGUCUUCACGAGCAGUACCUGGACUUAGUGAAGCUUUGUUUGUUUGUGUUUUCCGUGGAAGACUCUAGAAGUGUGGCGGUUUUCGGGUUACUGACCUGUAUCUUGUUUGCAGUGACGGGGGAAUCUUGUGUUUACAUGCAGUGUGGCGUGUGUUUCUGUGUUUGUGUGUACAGCGGUAAAACUGGACAACUUAUUAAUGUGUGCGUUACUCUACUUGUCACCCCAAAUGUAGUUGAAACACUUAGGAGCACAGCUUCCUAGUGAUAGCAUGUUAGAUUAGUGAGCCUCUGGUUCAGGCAAACAGGAAAUGGGGGGGGGGAAUGGAAAGAGGGGCCCAGAUAGAGUAAGAGACAAUCAUUGUAUUUUCCCAAAAUAUGGGAUCAAAUACUUUUUUAAAAAAAAAUCAAGAUGAGAUGCCUGACCAAAAGCCGAUGUGGAGAACAUGUAAGCAUCACAGAGUUGCUUGGGUGCCUUGAUUUUUUUGUGCACUGUGACCAGGUUUCUCUGAUGAGGUGAAAGUCCUCCUCAAUAUUUAGAUGAUAUUUGAGAAUUCACAUAGUUGUUCACAGAUAAACCUAGGUAGGAUGGGAGCUGGCUGGAACCUUCAGCCUAGGUGUCAGCCACAGAGUGUUCAGGGCCGUUCUGUUAAGCAAAACAUGCAUGGUCCUGGGCCAUGUCUCAGGCAAAAAGAUUUGGAGUCUACUCUGUCUCCUUGGAGCCCUUGCAGCCUGUGGAGCCUACGGUGGACUGAUCCCAGAAUCCCACUGCAUUGCAACAUCAGUUCUGAGCAAGGGAUGAGUAGAAGGGUUCGGCUGCCCUGCCUAAGAGCUGGCCCCUCAGAGAGGUAUGGUCGGGGUCAGAGGAUGGCCCCUCACGAGUAGCUUUUAAGAGCCCUGGGUGCUCUGUUGUCCCUGAGAGUCAUCCUCUCCACCAGAAAACGUGAGUCCCUGUACCCUGCAUCUCGUGGUGUCCUAGUGAAGCGAGGGCGCCCUUGUGCCCAACGUGCCUUGGCAACCCCCGGCGGCACCGCGCCCUGCCUUGCACGUCGCGACCCCGCCGAGCCCUCGGGGCUAAGCCCAGCCAGAAGCUAGCUGAGCCUCGUGGCUGGGUCGCCCUCUGUAUUUGUAUUUGGAUUCCUAUGUUUGUACUUCUGAU